GUCUUAGAUCAUAUACUAUGGAUGUAGUUAUGCGUAUACCGAAUUGUGUCCAACAUCAUCCCCACCACCUUCAAAAUUUCACGGUACACGAAAGAAAUGCGCAUGCCCAGAAAUCUAAGCGAAUGAUACUGUUAUACUGAUAAAGUGAUAAGCGAUAACGUUGAAAUUUUUGAUUUUUUGAAUUUUGUUGACUUUAUAUUUUGCUAAUUUAACUAAUUUGGCAUCAAAAUUUUAAAUCAAAUUGUUAAUCUUUUUUCAUCAACAUGGGCAGAGUAUGCUGUUUUUAUUGUCAAUCGACGCUAUCUAAAAUUGCUGGCUUAACACUGCACACGUUACCUACUGAUAAAUAUUUGCGCAAUGCUUGGCUAAAAGCUUGUGGCUAUAGUGAAAAUGAUUAUUCUCCAGAUAGGAGAAUAUGUUCUCUUCACUUUGAAGAACAUUGUUAUAAGGCCACUGCAAGGAAGUUAUUAAAACCUGGCUCAGUUCCUACAAAAUUUUAUAGGAUUUCACAAUAUUUAUAUGUAAACAAGCCUAAAAUGCAAAUGAUUGAACCUAGUGAAAGUGAAUAUGUACCGUCUUGUUCACACAAUGACCCAAGUCAAAAUAUUGAUCAAAUACUUGGAAUAACUGACAGUGAACCAUCUUGUUCACGUAAUGACACAAGUCAAAAUAUUGAUCAAAUACUUGAAAUAACUGAAAGAGUUCCUGAAUUAAAUACUAAGCGAAAAAUAUCACUAACAAAUUCUACACCAUCUGAGUGCAUUAUUGAAACUCCAAAACGAAGGAGAAAUCGUUAUGUUGGUGAUGUAACUACUCCUGAUUUAAGUACUCCUAAACGAGCAAAAGAGAAUUUUAAAGUGGCAAAAUUAAAAAUUAUUAAACAGAGAAGACAAAUUAAAACAUUAACGCAAAAAGUUAAUAGGCUACAAAAGAAACUGUCAUCAUUGAAAACUUUGUUUGCAUACAUGAAGAAACAGAAUUUAUUGAGUGAAGUAGCCCAUGACAAUAUUCUGGUAAAGUAUAAACUAUAUAAAACUAACUAUAUAAAUCAUUAGAAUCAAUAAAUUAACAUUGACUCUUGAAAUUAUAUUAUUUG